AUGGAAGAAUUUGAAGACGACAUAAACGAUAUUGAUGUAAAUUCGUGGUAUUCUUCUGUUUCAGAAAGUUAUUUUAAUACAAAUGAAACUUCUGAGAACAAUUUUGCCUCAACAUCCGCUGAAACUUCUUCAAAUACUACAUCAUAUUCUGAUUAUG